AUAAUAUUGUCCAGAUUCCCUUCACUUACCAAACUCCAUUCACUUCUUGCUGAGAGGUUACUGUGCUUGCGUUUGCUCUGCUUAAUCCCACACGAUGGCGUACAUCCUGAAGCGGAGAGCGUUGUGGGCAUCCCUGUCCAGACGAACUGAUAUCUCCCGUUGUUUUGGUUCCUCCAGCAUCCAAGAACAGCUGGCAGUUCCCCUCGAAGAAGAACUAAGAAGUGCCAAACCGACUUCAGAAAUUCCGGGUCCUAAGGCUUAUCCUGUGUUUGGCUCAAUGUUUACCAUGAUGAAGGGACAUAAAUUCGACGCGAAGGCUGCUCACAAACUCUACACUAAUAUGAACAACGUCUACGGCCCCGUCUACCGCUUGAGCAUCCCCAUCACUGGCAACUUCACUGUAGUCUCCAGCCCCGACGACUGCGAGAAGUUGCUGCGCCUCACCAUGCACAAUCCACAACGCAUGCCUAUGGCUUCCAUUAAGUCGGUGAGAGAGGAAGCGGCCGACGGCAUCUUCAAGAAUAGAACGGGGAUCCUGCUUGAGAACGGAGAAGAGUGGUGGCGAGUGAGGAGCAAAGUCCAGACCCCGAUGAUGAAACCGAAGUUAGUGGGCGCCUAUCUGCAGCAGAUGGAUCGGGUAUCAAGCGAGUUUACAAAUAGAAUAGCACAGCUGCAGGCGGAACACGGUGAAAUGCCGAGUGACUUCCAAUUCGAAUUAUACAAAUGGGCGCUUGAAUCCGUCAGCCUGGUGGCUCUGAAUCGGCGCAUGGGCUGCCUCAAUCCUGACAUUGCUCAAGACUCCGACUCACUCCGGCUGAUUGAGGUCGUCAAUGACAUUUUCCAGUCAAUGAAUGACAUGGAAAUGGGUUCCAUGCUUUGGAGGAUCAUGCCCACUGCCUCGUACAGGAAAUUGAAAAGGAGACAUGGACAAUUUUUAGAGAUUGCGACCCAGAACAUUCGAGAGACAGAGGCCGCGAUAUUGGCUGCAGAUCCUGACAGUGAGCGCGAGUUAUCCCUGAUGGAAAAUCUCCUGAUGACAGAAGGACUUACUAGGGAGGAUGUUAUCACCCUCAUCCUAGAUAUGUUAGUAGCAGGCAUCGACACGACCGCCCACACACUAGGGUUCACGCUGUACCUAUUGGCGCGGAACCCUCAAGUGCAGGCGAAGUUGCAGGAGGAGAUAGACACAGUCCUUGGAGAUCACGAGGGCCCGCUCCUCCCCAAGCACAUGGCACAAUUCUCAUACUUAAAGGCCGUGAUUAGAGAAGCCUUAAGGAUUUUUCCACCUGCUAUUGGUAUGGUAAGGAUCCUGGACCAAGACGCUGUUCUGGGAGGAUAUGUCAUUCCAAAAGGGGAUAAAGUGAUAUAUCCGAAUGUGGUCGCCGCCUGGGACGAGAAGUAUUUCCCACAAGCCAAAGAAUUCGUCCCAGAUAGAUGGUUGCGCAAUCGGCCGCUGGGUCCUAUCCACCCGUAUGCUUCCCUGCCCUUCGCUGCCGGGGCGAGGAUGUGCAUCGGAAGGCGGAUCGCGGAGCAGGAGAUGUACACCUUCUUGGCGAGGGUCCUGCAGCGCUUCACAGUGGACUACAAAUAUCAAGAUAUAGAUAUGAAGACCCGCCUUAUCGCCAUGCCUUCGGAACCUCUGAGAUAUGAUUGUGUGCCUGAAAGCAUACACGAUCUGUAUUCCUCUGCUUCAAUUUACUUUCAACCUUCCUCAAUACACACUCUCUUGAGUGCGCACACCGUUGGCCCGCGUCUGCUUACAAGCCAUGCAAAUACCACUUUCAGAAGUCUGCCUUUUUAUUUCAUUUAUUUCUUCAUCCUUGGAGAACAAGAACACGAGCGAAUACGGUUUGACAACUGUGAUUACGUCAUCCAUGAGUUGCCAACUACCCCAAAAAAUCAAUGUGUUCGUUCAGUGCCUAUAACUCGCCAUCUCCUCUCCGUCUGUUCAGUGUGUGUUCUCUGCUUCCCCAAUACCCAAGCCCUCACAAUGGCGUUACUCGUGAAGCAGAGGGCACUAUGGGCUUCCCUGUCCCUACGAGGCGUGAUCUCCCGCAGCCUCGGGUCCUCCAGCAUCCAAAGACAAGAGACAGCAUCCCUAGAGGACGAAAUAAGAGCAGCCAGACCACUUUCGGAAAUGCCAGGGCCAAAGACAUACCCUGUGAUUGGCUCACUGCGGGACAUGCUGGCUGAUUUCGACUCCAAAGCGUAUCACAAGUACUACCUCAGAGCCUGCGGCACCUACGGACCUACCUUCCGUGUUAUUGUGCCUGGCAUCGGACCCAUGGUGUUAACGACCAACCCCGACGACUGUGAGAAGCUCCUACGCGUUACUAUGCACAACCCCCUCCGCACGCCCAUGGCUUCCCUGAAGGCGAUGAGAGAUCGGGCCAUCGAUGACUUCUUCGAGAAAAAGGGGGGGAUACUAGUCGAAAACGGAGACGAGUGGUGGCGAGUGAGGAGCAGGGUACAGACCCCUAUGAUGAAACCGAAGGUAGUGGGAACCUAUCUUCAACAGAUGGACCAAGUCUCAGUUGAAUUUAUGGACAGGAUCGCGGAGUUGCAAGCAGAGCACGGGGAAAUGCCGAGCGACUUCCAAUUCGAGCUGUAUAAAUGGGCACUUGAAUCCGUUGGCCUGGUGGCGCUGAAUCGACGUCUAGGCUGUCUUAAUCCAAGCAUCCAUGAAGAUUCGGAUGCUCUGAGGCUGAUUGAGAUCGUCAAUGACAUAUUCCAAGCACUGAAUGAUACUGAAUCAUCCUUGGGGUUGUGGAAGCUUUUCCCAAUUCCACCGUUUAAGAAGCUGAAAAAGAGACAUGAGCAAUUCUUAGAGAUUGCGGUCCGUAGCAUUCAGCAGACAGAGGCCGCUAUUCUGGCGCAGGAUCCUGACAGUGAGCAUGAAGUUUCGUUAAUGGAAUCCCUCCUGACGACAGAAGGGCUAACAAAGAAAGAUGUCGUCACACUGAUCCUGGAUAUGUUGUUUGCAGGCAUCGAUACGACCUCCCACACACUUGGCUUUACUCUGUAUCUGUUGGCACGUAACCCCGACGCUCAAGCCAAGUUGCAGGCGGAGGUAGACUCAGUCCUUGGGGGUCACGAGGGCCCGCUCCUACCCAAACACAUGGCGCAGUUCUCUUACAUGAAGGGUGUGAUUAAAGAAACCUUAAGGAUAUAUCCACUGACCCUUGGUGUGGGAAGGAUUUUAGAUAAAGAGUGCGUGCUCUCAGGAUACGCCAUUCCAAAGGGGGCCACAGCUGUAUCUUUAAACAUGAUCUCGAGUUGGGAUGAAAAAUAUUUCCCACGAGCCAAAGAGUUCGUCCCAGAUAGAUGGUUGCGUAAUCGGCCGCUGGGUCCUAUCCACCCGUAUGCUUCCCUGCCCUUCGGCGCCGGGACCAGGAUGUGCAUCGGAAGGCGGAUCGCGGAGCAGGAGAUGUACACCUUCUUGGCGAGGACUAUGCAGCGCUUCACAGUAGACUACAAAUACAAGGAUAUGGACAUACUCACCCGCCUCGUGUUCAUGCCCUCUGAACCUCUCAAGUUUAGCUUCAGUGAACGCAGGAAAUAAGGUUCUUUUGAUUUCUUCAAAAUAAGGGUCGCGACGCUGUACUGUACUGAGGCGCAAGCUCAUGUUCAUAUACAUUUAUUGAUGGAUUGUAUGUUAUUAUUAUUAUUAUUAUUGUUAUUAUUAUUAUUAUUAUUAUUAUUAUUAUUAUUAUUAUUAUUAUUAUUAUUAUUAUUAUUAUUAUU